AUGUCAACCCCCGAGUCCCCCAAAGACAUGGAGAUCAGCGAAUGCGAGAUGAGCUCAUGCAGCGCUACGCCCAACAUCACCAAAACCUCGUCCUCCUCGGUGGUGGCAACGCCCACGUCUCUGGUCUCUAUGGCGUCCAUUGGCACAGACGAGGACCUGGGAGAAGAAGAGGAAGAGGCUAUGUUGGUGUCAGGGUACGGAGCCGCCGUUUUGGGCACCGCAAUGCACGUGGAGCGGGAGCUGGAGGCUCUGGACAAGAGCAACGGAUGGCCACAGGCCUACCUGGAGGUGGGGAACCAGUGUCACGACUACCCGUACCGAGUAGCUCGAGCACCAGAGAACAGGCCCCGCAACCGCUACCGAGACGUGAGCCCCUACGACCACAGCCGGGUUCGCCUGAGGGCAGCGACCCGGAACGACUACAUCAACGCCAACUUCGUAAUGGUAGAAGAAGCCCAGAGGAGCUAUAUUCUAACCCAGGGUCCCCUGCCGAAUACGUGUAGUCACUUCUGGCUUAUGGUGUGGCAGCAGGACAGCAAGGCCGUGAUCAUGCUCAACCGGUUGGUGGAGAAAGAUUCUGUCAAGUGCUCCCAGUACUGGCCACCCAACCAAGGUGAGAGUCUCCUCUUUGAGGAAAUGGGCAUCAGUGUCUACAUGGUGGGGGAGGAUGUGGGGCCCUACCACACAGUCCGCUAUCUGAACCUGCAGAACAUGAUGACAGGAGAGACCAGGGCCAUCUCCCACUUCCACUACAACAGCUGGCCUGACUUUGGGGUACCUGAAUCCCCAGCCUCCUUCCUCUCUUUCCUUUUCAUGGUGCGGGAGUCUGGCUGCCUCAGCUAUGAGCGGGGGCCUGCGAUUAUUCAUUGCAGUGCUGGCAUUGGACGUUCUGGUACCUUUGCUCUGAUUGAUACCUGCUUGGUCCUAAUGGAGAAGAAAGAAAAUCCCUUUUCCCUGAAUAUCAGAAAAGUACUUGUAUGUCUGAGAAAGUACCGGAUGGGACUUAUUCAGACCCCAGAACAGCUAAGAUUCUCAUAUGUGGCUGUCAUUGAAGGGGCAAAAUUCCUCAUGGGAGAUGAAAAUGUCAAAAAAAAGUGGAAACAACUUACCAAUGAAGACCAUGCUCGUAGCUACAGCUUUGAUACUUCUCCACCCCCAAGUGGAAUACUAUCUAAAAAGCACAAGGCGUUCAGGCUGGUUUUAAACCUUGAUGAUGAUGAUGAUGAUGACGAUGACGAUGAUGAAAUAGGUGAUGAGUCAGAUUUUUCAGAUCUAGCCACUAGAAUGCCAGAUUCCGGGGAAGAGAGCUCUGAAGGUGGUACCCGAAAACGAAGUCUGGAUGAAUGUAAACCUAGUACCAGUCGUGAUGAGAAUCCCAAGGUGGAGGAGCCAAGUAAGACCGGGUUUAAAAGAAAAAGGCUGAAUCUGUAA